AUGUCCCACAACGGCACGAGCUCGCAUCCACAACCGCAGCCGCAGCCGCAAUCGCAGCCGCUUCAGCAGCAGCAGCAUCUCCCGCGACCGCACUCGACUCCAGUCAAGCGCAGGAGGCGAACCGGUCACGGCCCUGAUGCGCGUUCCUGUCCACACUGUGGGCGAACGUUCAAGCGCACCGAGCACUUGGAGCGCCACGUGCGAACGCACACCAAGGAGAAGCCUUUCAUCUGUCGGUGUGGAGCUGCCUUUGCCCGGCGUGACUUGCUGACCCGCCAUCAGCGGAUCGCUUUCCACGAGGAUGGAUCCGAGUCUCCGGGGGUCCCAUCGGAGCCGGACUCUGGAGAAAACCAAGGGCCUAUCGAGGCUGAUCUGGCUGCGGCUGUCUCCCUCUCGGGAAUGAGCGUGAAUCACUGGGCACAGCAACAACCAACUGCACCACCGGCAGACUUGUAUCCUAUGGCAGUCCCAAGAAACGGCGCUCUCGUAGAUGCCUCAUACCAACAGGCUCUACUCGGAGAACAGUUCUACGAAAAUGGUAAUCAAGAUGCCGUGGGAUUUGAUGCCCACUUCAGGGAGUUUGCCAACUUUCUCGAUGGUGUUGGCCUGCCAGCAGAAUGGAGUCCUUACUUCCACGGCCCUGACAGAGAUCACGAAGUUGCCGACACGACGGUGAGAAUGUCACGAGAAGGGACUGCUACACCGGGGACACGGAAUAGUAGGACUCGGCCGGGAACCCCCUUCAGUUCAUGGCUGCCAUCAGCGCCUACUGGCAACCGGAUAUCCGAAACAUUGCCAGAUACAAAUCCGCGGUCUGUCGACAUCGAGUCGCAGCCGUACCGUAUUUCAGAUGAACAGCGGUGUCGUCUUACUAGCUCCAUCGAAACUUUUCGAGACGUUCUCGAUCCAGACUUUAAGUUUCCAUCACGGCACGCUCUCUCACGCUACCUGACCUCCUUCUUUGAAGGCUUCCACUCUCAUAUGCCUUUUAUCCACACACCAACGUGGCGAGUCGCUGAGCAUUCUCUUGAACUCAUCCUCGGUCUUGCGGCAGUCGGUGCCCAGUAUUGCUUCGAGCAUCGCAUGUCCGAGAGACUCUUCCAUGCAGGCAAGGCUAUCCUCAUGGAGAGACUGAUGCACGAGUCUGAGACGUUCGAUGCCAAGACUGGUUCAUCACUCAAUCCUCACAAUCUAUCACCACAACGCCGCGCCUCAAGGGGCUUCAAGGAGAGAGACUGGGGUCCAUGGGAACCACUAGAGACAGUUCGGGCCCUGAUUGCCCUCAUGGGCUACGCCACCUGGGAACCCAAGGUGUCUCUGCUGCAAGAAGCGUUCGCUCUACAGGCACUAUUGGCGCAGAUUCUUCGCGAAAUCGGUCUCCACGAAGAGGAUGUUUCUCAGCUUGCUGCCGACCAGACCACGCCGCAAGCCGCCUGGCAAGCAUGGGUGCGACAGGAGUCGACGCGCCGAGCUAAGCUCAUCGCCUUCUCCUUCAUGCAUACUCACAGCAUCGCGUACAAUGUGUAUCCUGUGCUGCGUAGCAACGAAGUAGGCCUGCGACUCCCUUGCUCGACUGGAGAGUGGAAAGCGCAGUCGGCGUGCCAGUGGCAGACUGCUCGCCAGGAGACUGAGAAGCAACAGCUGUAUUUCCAAGAUGCUCUAUCCCUGCUUCUGAGGAAUACGGACGGCACCGCUCCUGUCGACCCCAUUCCAACACCACUGGGUAACUAUAUCCUCUUGCACGGGCUACUCCAGAGGAUCUACAUUGUUCGCGAUCUGUCCCUCCCAGUCAUGGAUCAAUCGGCGUCUCUACCCAGUGAGGAGGUUGACAAGCUCGAACGAGGCCUCCGCUCCUGGACUGCAGGAUGGCAGCAAGCCCCCGAAUCCAGCCUUGAUCCCAACAACGAGAAUGGACCCAUCCCCUUCACAUCCAGCUCUUUGCUUGGCCUCGCAUAUGUGCGCAUCUAUCUUCACCUCGGACCAUACCGGCUUCUCGAAGCUCGAGACCCAAUGCGUAUCGCCAAGGCCAUCAGCCGCUCUCCUGCCGUGGAGAGGAGUGGCGGCGUCAUCACCGCGCUACUGUACGCUGCCCAUAUGCUCAGCAUCCCUGUGCGACUCGGCGUCGACCGUGUCGCGCGUAGCCAGGCAUUCUUCUGGAGUGUCCGUCACUCGCUUUCGGGGCUGGAGUGUGCCGUUCUGCUUAGCAAAUGGCUCUCGUCACUUACCGAAUCUGUUGCCACGACACCGCUGAGUGAUAGCGAAGACCGGAUCUUACACUGGGUCCGAUGUAUUGUCGAAGAGGCGUACGACGUUGUUGAUUUUGAUGACGAUGAGCCCGACGCAUCAACAGAUCGAGAUCCUGCCUCACUUAGCCUGGCGGUUCUAAGAAUAUGGGCACAUUUCUUCAAGAGCAACACCCAAUGGCCUUUUAUCAACAUCAUGGGCAAGAGCUUGGAGAAUGAAGCGAUGCAGCAUGACAUCAUCACGAAGAUGGCAAAGGGAGUCAACGUGAACAGAAGUGCAAGGAGGACGGCUUUCCAUGAAUUUGGCUUCAAGCCCGUCCUCCACGGUCUAGAUUCUCGGACCAAGCCAAUCCACUGGAUGUUCUUCGGGAGAGCCGCUAGUGCAACUUGGCCCGAAGUGAACGCAAAUGCCCAGUCGCCUCCUACGCCUCUCACUCGCCAAGAUUGGAACGAGCUCUUCAGGCCGUACAACGCGGUGGCCAACCUGUCGUAUUUCUGGGCAUUGCAGCUAAUCGAUGGCUAUCCCGAGGCAAGGAUCUUUCUCACAGAGCGCGACUUUGACAAGCCGUUUCCGCGUUUCGAUAGCCAAGCCAUCCAGCCGCUGUUCGGGCCAUGGGUUGACGUGUUGCUUAAGGGGGUGAGUAUGGUGAUUGGCGACAGGGCUGGAUUCGUAAUGCAAGAGACUGGCCGCGAUGUCUUUAAUGGUACGCGGACAAUCGAGGAACUGCAUCGUCGAGCCCUAGAUGACUUCAGACAGCACUCAAAGCGCAUGAAGGCUCACGUGGCGCCUAAGAGACUCCUACUGCAUCGCGAUGGCGACUAA